AUGCUCUCACCAUAUUCCGAGAUCUACAAAAUACAGUAUACAGUGGUUUCCUUGAAAUUUAUACAGAUGGGUCCAAAAUUGUUGAGCCUGAGCCUUCAUCAGCAGCAUCAGUAGUGGUACAGGAAGCAGGCUUCUUUCAGAUGAACAACUGGAAAUUACAUCCAGAGGAUUCAAUCUUGAGUUGUGAACUAUUUGCCAUUGCUCAGGCUGCUCUUAUAAUUAGGGAUAGGAAUGCUGAUGACCAGGGGGCAGUGAUAUACACAGAUUCAUUAUCAAGUCUGAAUUUAUUGGCAUCCCGUAGACCAUCAUCUCAUUUACCAUUGGUAUUCCAGAUUCAUCAAAUAUUGCAUUUCCUUCGAGCUCGUCUUCCAGUUGUGAUCCAGUUUGUCCCGGGCCACAAGAACAUCAGGGGAAAUGAGAUGGCUGAUCUGGCUGCUAAAGCAGCUCAUGCAUUAACCGAGGUAUCAGAUGAGGCCGUGAUGAGCAGGGAGGACAAGAUUGGCUUGCCAGACGAGGGAGCCUUUUGAGCCGUGAGGUGUAUGGAGGACGACUCCACUUCCUCAAGAAGCAGACAAAACAACAUA